CAAUCGUCCAAGAGCUCUAGCAACUCCACCAACGUUGCAAUUAUUUGACAAUGCGGUGGUUAUUUUCUUUCGUCCUGGCGACGCUGCUAGCAGCGGUCCAUGCCGUAAGCUAUACUGGCAGUAGAUUGUUGGUUGUAUUGGAGGAUGCGGCAGAGAAGGAGAAGUAUGGAGUAUUCUUGGGAGACUUAGAGAGCCGCGGCUAUCAUAUCACGACAGAAUCGCCUAAGUCCGAUAAGCUCUCUUUGUUCAAGCACGGCGAACGAGCAUACGACCAUGUCCUCCUCCUCCCCUCCAAGGCGAAAGGCCUUGGGCCCGCUCUGACCGCGAACCUUCUACUCGAAUUCAUGAAGAAGGAAGGAAACAUUCUACUUGCAUUGUCCAGCGAGAAUGGGACCCCAUCAUCCGUCAAUUCGCUACUCCUCGAGUUGGACAUCCAUAUUCCGUCAGACAAGGGUGCCGUUGUUGUGGACCAUUUCAACUACGACUCUACUUCUGCGGCGGAGAAGCACGACGUUCUUCUUUUGCCAUUCCCUAAAGCACUCCGACCGGAUGUCAAGAACUACUUCGGCGGCGAAGGUGUCAUCGCUGUACCAAGGGCCGUUGGACAGGUUCUUGGAAAUGAUUCGCCGCUCCUCGCACCUGUCCUCCGAGCUCCAAGCACGGCUUACAGCUACAACCCCAAGGAUGAAUCCGAUAUCGUGGAGGAUCCCUUUGCUGUUGGUGCCCAACUCAACCUGGUCUCCGUCCUCCAGGCCCAUAACUCUGCACGACUGGCCGUUCUAGGUUCCGCUGAGGUACUUCAGAAUGCCUGGUUCGCCGAGAAAGCUACUCUUAACGGCCAGGCUGUCAAGACUGCCAACCGCGAUUUCUCGGAGAAGCUUACAAGCUGGACAUUCAAGGAGACUGGUGUCUUGAAAGUUGGCAAGCUUUUGCACUACCAGGACGAGGGUGUAAGCAAGAAGCUCAACACCUCUGGCGCCCUUCCUGAGAACAACCCUCAGAUCUACCGCAUCAAGAGCGAUGUCGCCUUCCAAGUCGAGCUCUCCGAGUACUCAAAGACUCAUCUUGUUCCUUUCGUACCUGCUGACUCGGAUGUGGUUCAACUGGAGUUCUCCAUGCUCUCACCUUUCCAUCGUUUGAAUCUCACACCAAUCUCCAAGACCGCCAACGCUACCAUCUUCGGCGUCUCCUUCAAGACCCCCGAUCAGCACGGUAUCUUCAACUUCCGCGUCAACUACCGCCGCCCAUUCCUCACCAACAUCGAGGAGAAGAGGCAGGUCACCGUGCGCCACUUCGCGCACGACGAGUGGCCCCGCAGCUGGCAGAUCAGCGGUGCCUGGGUGUGGAUCGGUGGAAUCUGGGUUACUGUCUUCGGCUGGUUGGCCUUCGUCGCCGUCUGGCUCUGGAGUGCGCCUGCGGAGAAGACCGUGAAGAAGACGCAGUAGAAGGGAAACGAAAUGGAAAUGUAUCAACAAUCUGGAGUUUGGCUUGAUUUGAAAGAAUCCAAAUACCGAACAUUCACCACCUGUGAAUUGGGGUGACGAGGAGGCGAAAUUUAGCGGGAAGCCGGGGUUCGCGUGGAAAGACGAAUGAAAGUCAAAUUUAGGCACGAUCCUCACAAAACUAUUUUGUUAAGAAAAAGAUUAUAUCACGCAUUUUGAGCGAUGCAGAAUCAUUGUGUAGAAGAACGGAUUGGGUUCUCAAUAUAGCUAUUAAAAGGAAAUAGGAUACUUGCUGUUACGUCAGGGUAGGGGUAUAUAUGUGCGAAAUCUAUGUCUUGGUCUAUGGUU